AUGGCCACUCAACAAGAUAUUCCCCAGUUCACGGCUUUGGACUACGCUAAGUUCGCUUUGGCUGGUGCCAUCGGCUGUGGUUUCACCCACGGGGCCAUGACCCCCAUUGAUGUCGUCAAGACCAAGAUUCAAUUGGAACCCACCGUGUACAACAAGGGUAUGAUUGGCUCGUUCAAGCAAGUCAUCCAAAACGAAGGUGCCGGUGCUCUUUUGACCGGUUUGGGCCCCACCGUGUUGGGUUACUCGUUGCAAGGUGCCUUCAAGUUCGGUGGUUACGAAUUUUUCAAGAAGCAAUGCAUCGAACAAUUGGGCUUGGAUAAGGCCAAGCAAUACAAGGACGGUGUUUACAUCUUCUCGUCGGCCGCCGCUGAGUUCUUCGCCGACAUUGCUCUUUGCCCCUUGGAAGCCACCAGAAUCAGAUUGGUGUCGCAACCCGACUUCGCCGACGGGUUGGUGUCGGGUUUCGCCAGAAUCGCCAAGGAAGAAGGUAUCGGGUCGUUCUACAACGGGUUCGGGCCGAUCUUGUGUAAGCAAAUCCCUUACAACAUCGCCAAGUUCUUGGUGUUCGAAAGAGCCUCCGCCGCCAUCUACGCCUCGAUCCCCACCCCUAAGGACCAAUUGACCUCCGCCACCAACACCGCCGUCAACUUGGGUUCGGGUGUCAUCGCCGGUUGCGCCGCCGCCAUUGUCUCGCAACCCGCCGACACCUUGUUGUCGAAGGUUAACAAGACCAAGAAGGCCCCCGGUCAAUCGACCAUGGGCUUGUUGGUCCAAUUGGCCAAGCAAUUGGGCUUCAAGGGCUCGUUCGCCGGUUUGCCCACCCGUUUGGUCAUGGUCGGUACCUUGACCUCGUUGCAAUUCACCUUGUACGGCUCGAUCAAGUCGGCUCUCGGGUGCCCCCCCGCCAUUUCCUUGUAA